AUGAUGAUAUAUGAUCAACUUAAUAAAUAAGAGAAUAACAAAUAAUACAAGAUAAUUGAAUAACAAGAAUAGCAAUUAUCGUUUUCCCAUUUGCACUCAGCAUUCUCAACUACAUAACUGAAGCUUAAACAUUAAGUGGCAUAUGUGGCUUUCUCGCACAACUAUUGAUAACAUGAGUUUAAAUCUUGACUCCAAAAACAUCUUGGAUGAUUUUGACAUUCAGCUAUCUCAGUGAAGUCUUCGCAUACAAAUUCUGAGCAUCCGGUAUCACCUAUAGGGUAACAUUGCUAACCACUUAUUUUAUUAUAAUUAGGACAAGUUGUGAUUGUGUAAUCUUUACAUUCCUUAGUUUUACAUUAAUCAUCUUCAUAUUUACAAAAUUAAAGAUCACAUGACUCCUUAUAUGUGAUGUCUUCACAAUUGAGAAAUGCUGUGCAAACAUCACCUUACUCUCCAUUCAAAACACAAAUGCUAGUAUGAAGACCUACUGUUUAUGAG